GUUGAAGUAAAUGACACCUUUGGGGUGUCUCGUGUUGUUUGCCAUUAUAAUUGCAAAGGACACUUGUAUGGCGUUCAAGGCCGACUGGUACUCUUUGCGAGGAAUAUCAAGGCCUUGGCCCGCCAAUGACGUCCAAAAGACACACAGAACAAGGAGCCAUUCGGACACUAAAAACGUUAUAGGGAUCCCUAAAGUCGCAUACAGAAUCCCAGGGACGAAUCACAUAGAAUGGGAAGAUAUACACAACAGGCUGUUUCGCGAAAGAAUACUCUUUGUCAGUCAACCCCUAACCGACGACUAUGCUAACCAGCUCAUUGCUGCAAUUCUUUGUCUAGAUAGUGAAACGAAUAUCAAACCAAUCACUCUCUACAUAAACAGCAUCGGCGGGAAUAUUCAGGCUGGGCUAUCCCUCUAUGAUACACUACGGCAUGUUAAAUCGCAAAUUAUAACAAUAAACGUUGGUUUGUGUGCAUCCACAGCCACUUUGCUACUUGGUGCUGGAACUCCUGGAAAAAGAUUUGGACUCCGUCACUCCAGGGUAUUGCUGCUUCAACCAAGUGGUACAGCCGAAGGCACUGCGGAACAGAUCAGAAUAGAAGCUCAACACAUUUCUAACAUUAAAAAGAAUAUAAUCGAAAUUUACAGUAAUAUAACAAAACAACCGAUAGAGAAAAUUGCGGCUGAUAUCGAAAGAGACAAUUUCAUGUCGGUGCAAGAAUCUAAAGAUUACGGAUUAAUCGAUGAAAUAAUAACCAAUAGGGGAAACGAUGAUGUACCAAUCGGAAAAUAA